GUAAAUCAACCUGUGAGUACAUAUAGUCAUCCGAUAAUCCACGCAGACCAAAUGGAUAACACUUGUUUACUUAUCAGUCUAUAUCAGAUUUGUGACAGAAUCGUGGAGAAGAGGAACGGAGGAACGAAGCGCCAAAUGAAUCGCUGGCCGAGUCGUUGGCACCAAUCACUGUAGAACAGACAGCUAGGUCGCGGAUUCAUGGCAGGUACAUUAUAAAGCCCAUCGAUCGACCCGCUUGCCUCACAGCUGUGAUUCCAGAGAGAAAACCAAUGCCAAAGUCAUAGAAAAACGGUUUAUUACGCACAGCUUGCCCACUUUUACCUUGGCAGCCGGGAGGGACGUGAUGCGGUUGCCGGCAGGGUCACAGGACACCGUUGCAGAAGAGUUUUGAGCGCUACACCACCCAAAGUACAGCACCUCGCCCCAAGGGCAUCUGGACAGGGGGCAGGAGAACAAUGACCAUGAAUCUACUGGGGAACCAAUCGGUGGAGGAAGACGGUGAGUUUCGGGACUUUUACCUGGAGGCUCAAUUCAUUACGGGCCUCAUACUUUACCCCAUUACUUGCCUCAUAGGAUUAGCAGGCAAUACGCUCAGUAUAAUUGUUAUGAGCCAACACCAGAUGAAAUCAUCUACGAACAUCUACUUGAUGGCUCUUGCAAUUUCAGAUUGCAUCAAAGUGUUCAGCGAUCUCCUUUACUUCAUGGUGAUUUUGUUGAAAGAAGUCAAUCGACCUGUGGGGAAUAGAGCAUAUGGUUUUCUUUACCCAUACAUGCAUUACAUCUUUAAUGCCUCUCUCUGUAUCUCCGCCUGGCUGGUAGUGUCUGUGGCCGUGGAGAGGUAUGUGUAUGUGUGUCACCCCACACGCGUUAAGACCUUCUGUACAAUUCCCCGGGCACGGACCGUAUCUACCUCGGUGUUUGUCAUCAUGAGUUUACUAACUAUUCCUUACGCAAUGCGAUACAGGACAGUGGAAAACUAUGACGCCGCCAAACAGGAUUUUAUUUACGACGUAAACUUGACGACUUUGUGGCAGAAUCAAACCUUUUCCACAGCCUAUAUAUGGCUUCACAACUUACUGCGGUCUAUCAUACCUUUAAUAGUACUCAUCAUCCUCAAUACCUGUAUAAUUUACGGCCUAAGGCGCUGCCGAUUAACACGUAAGCGAAUCUCGAGCCGUCAUCGCGUCACCAUCAUGCUCAUCUUUAUUAUCGUUGUCUUUCUUGUGUGCAUUACUCCUGACGCCAUCAUGUCCACUUUUUUUGGCUUUGGCUAUUACGAAGAGAACUAUUUGGCGCGUGGAAUACGUGAAAUCACCGACUUCUUGUUGUUAAUCAAUGCCGCCACGAACUUUGUGCUCUAUUGCAUCUUCAACACUAUCUUUUGGUGCAAUUUUAAAGCCUUAUUUGUUAACCCUUGUAAGCAGGAAAAGAGACCUAUGCAGUUUGAAGAUUCUGCCUACAGGAAAAUGUCCGCAACCGGACGAGGGUCGUUCUGUACCACUCGUAAAGGAUCAGAGAAAGGAGACCCUGUGUGAACGCCACGGGGCUCAUUCCAAAUUUCCAACUUCAAUGUGCCUAUCUUUACAGUGGAGUUGUUUCACGCUGAAAAGCCGAGGUGACAGAACCGUGUGUUUGA